AAAGUGAUCUGCAGGCAGACUCUUGCAUGUUUCACCCACACUUGUAACCAGAACUGGAUGUGGGAGUGAAAGCCUCAGGCUCUUGCCCUGUAAGGUAAAGUCCCGGUCUGGGGGAGGAGGUUGAGCAGGGCUGGGCACUGAUUGCAGCUCAUACAUUAUUCAGAUGAGGGAAGGAAAAGUUUCUGCCCAGAGACGCCUCUCCCUGUCCUGUGAGUUGACAUUUUCUUACUUUGCUAGGGACAACCAGAUCAUCAAGUCAACACUUAGAGCCUGCAUUGGACCUUUUUAGUUGAGUGACUCUUUCCCGGAGGCUGGUUCAGGUCAUUGAGAAGACCUUUUGCUUCUGUGAUGUCACAAUGCUUCUGUACUUUAUUGGAACUUUCAGUCUCCCGACAUUCUAAGUGUUGCAGCUGAAAGUUUCUGCACUUCUCCGGGAUCUGUGACUUCCCAGCUUCUUGCAUUAGGAAUUCUAGGCCACCGCCUUCCUCUCCUGGGUGUCAGAGUUGUGGAAGUUCCAGGAAUCUACUGCUCUGAUUGUUGUUGGUUCUACCAGGAUGAACCAGAAUCCAGGUCUCCCUCCACCGGGGCAGCAAGUUAUCCAUGUCACCCAGGAUCUGGACUCGGACUUGGAGAACCUUUUUAAUUCCGUCAUGAACCCCAAGCCCAACUCUUGGAGGAAGAAAAUCUUGCCUGAGUCGUUUUUCAAAGAGCCGGAUUCCGGGUCUCACUCCAGGCAGUCUAGCACUGACUCCGGCAGCCAUCCCCCCAGGCUGGGAAUUCAGCAUGUUCGAUCCCAUUCUUCUCCAGCUUCCUUGCAGCUUGGUGCUGGUUCCGGGAGCAUUCCGAGUCCAACUCAGCAGCACGCUCACCUGCGCCAGCAGUCCUAUGAUGUGACAGAUGAACUGCUCCUGCCACCUGGCUGGGAGGUGGCAUUCACCCACACGGGCCAGAGGUAUUUCCUCAAUCAUGUGGAGAAAAUUACAACAUGGCAAGACCCCCGGAAGACAAUGACACAGCCAAUGACUCACAUGAACCACCAUUCUGUUACCACCUCCACCCCAAUAAGCCAAAGAUCACUGGCGAUGUCCCAACCCAACCUUGUAAUGAAUCACCAACAUCAGCAACAGAUGACUUCUAGCCCUGCCAUGUCCCAACAGACUCACCCCUCCCAAAGUCAUCAAGCAGCAUUGAUCAAUCUGCCAAAUGCACUCACUGCCCAGCAGCAGCAGCAACAGAAGCUAAGACUUCAGAGGAUCCAGAUGGAAAGAGAAAGGAUCAGAAUGCGGCAAGAAGAGCUGAUGAGACAGGAAGCCGCACUGUGUCGACAACUUCCCAUGGAGUCCGAGUCCCUCGCCCCUGUUCAGACCACAGUGAACCCUCCUGCCAUGGCACAAGAUUUACGAACCAUCACAAACAAUGGCUCAGACCCUUUCCUGAACAGUGGGCCAUAUCACUCUAGAGAACAAAGCACAGACAGUGGCCUUGGCCUUGGAUGUUAUAGUAUACCUACGACACCUGAAGAUUUUCUCAGUAAUAUGGAAGAAAUGGAUACAGGUGAAAUUCUUGGUCAGCCAGCCUUGAAUCUGAACCCUCAAACACGUUUCCCAGAUUUCCUUGAUGCUCUUCCGGGUACUAAUGUCGACCUUGGGACACUGGAAUCGGAAGAUUUGAUCCCAAGUCUAAACGACGUGGAGUGCGUGCUAAACAAAAAUGACACCUACCUCACCUGGCUGUAGAUUGCUGAUGCCCUGGCUGCCUUGUGUUGUGUCUCGAUUAACCUAGCUUUAUUGUAUUUCUUAUAUGGAAACAUAUGAUGAGCCUCAGAAACAUUUUAUAUCUAUGUGUUGCCAUACUGACUCAUCUACAUUCAUGGAGCUAAACCAUUCAGUGCCUGAAUUCAUAUAUAUAUGUUUAUCAGAAUGCAUAUUUUAUUUUUCCAUAUUCUAUCACCUUGCCUGAGCUGUGAUUGUGUACAGAUCUGUGGCAUACCAAGGUGGGGCCAUCUACAGGUCACAUUUCUGAAGUUAGAUCUGUUAAAGACUUUAGUUUUGAGCAUUGUAGCUUUUAAUUGCAAGCAGAGAAUCAAAUACAACUGUGCAGUAUGCAGUAUACAUACACCUUAUUUAUAACUUUAGAGCCUAACACAUUUAAUCUUUUUAAUAUAAGCUUUUCAAAUCAUUGUGAUAUUAGAAAAUUGUGCUGGAAAACGAGUAACGAGUAGGUUUUUUUUUUUUUUAAG